CUUUUCUUUUCUCUUGUAGGACAUGGAUUUGGUCAAAUAUAUAAUCAAUUGCUUCCAGGUGUAUUACCCUAGAUUGUUCUGUAAGCAUCCCUUUCUUCUGGUGGGCUUCCAACACAGGAGGCUGCUGAGGGGAGGACGGCUCCUAGUAAUGGCUGGAAUGGAGUAAAUGGAAUGGUACCAAGCGCAUGGAAACCAUGGGUUCGAUACCAUUCCAUCAAUUCCCAUCCAGCCAUCACUAUGAGCUUGUCCUCCCCAAUUAAGCUGCCACCAGCCGCCUGUGGCUUCCAUCUGGUGCAUUUGGUCCCAUAGUGUAAAAGGACUCAGUGAAUCCAAUUGCAUGCCUUUAUUGCCUACAGAGGAUGUAAAAUGAAUUGUGUUAUUUAUGUGUUCUAUUUAAUUUCAGCCAAGAUGCCCCCCCCCCCAUCUUCUAUAUAUAGCGGCAUUGAAAAUAGCGAAGAACAUGCUCAGUCAAGACGCCAUCGACAAGCUGAAGUUUGUGUCCAAGAGUGACAUCCAGAACUAUGUUGAUGGGGAGCAUCUCCUGUCUUACAUGGGAGGAACUGUGUGUAACUUACCACUCAAUGGCCACAAUAACCCCCAUACAUCCAAAUAUCUACUGAGCACAUAAGCACAUGCAGAUGUUAAAACAUCUGUGUCUGCCCAUUGGCUAACAUGACAACAUGCGUGCCCGUUACUUUCAGUACAGUGACUAUGAUGCACAAGACAGACACAUGACUGACAUACAAGAGUCAUGCAUCCAUGUUCUCAUGUAAAGCUACUGUGAAUGUGCACACACACGUACUUGCAUGUAUACAAACAACUCCAUAUGAUGGUAUCAUACAUACAGUACAUAAACCAAUACUAUUUUGCAUACACACACCUUGCCAGAAUUCAUCACCAGUACGUUAUACUACAUUGAUAAAUAAUUGAUGUAAUACAAAUGCAUUGCAUUUACUAUGGAGUUAUUUUCUCAUUUUCUCCCAGUACCCAAUCAAUUUCAGUUACCCGCCGUUGCCUGAUGACGUCUUCCAGAACCCCAUACCAGAGACUGGACAAGAGGAUGACACAGAGUCAAAGGAUGAUGACCUGGAGGCCAAGGACAUUCUGGUGCCGAGCUCUCCUACACUCAGAACCAGAAAUGUUGUCCUUCGUUCCCCUUACGACACUCCUUGGUUUUAAUACUGAGCAUUGUUACAUUUUCGAAUCUCAUAAGUGCAUUGAAUGAUAUCAACAACAGUAACAUUAGUGUCUUUUAUUUCUAUUUGUCUGAGGCAGGUAUACUUGGCACAGGAUGGGGAAAAUGAUGGCUCCAUCAGAUGGAAAGGAUCCCGUAGGCCAACCGUCACUUUCAAAGGCACCUUACUCUAUAUCAGUCCUGAGGAUUUGUGCUUUGGCCACAGAGAGGGUGAGAAGAGAUGUCUGAUCAUGCUUAGUAAUGUCACCAAAAACAAAGUGACCUUCAAGGUGCGGACCACAGCCCCAGAGAAGUACAGGGUGAAGCCAAGCAGUAGCAGUUGUGGGGCGGGCGAGAGUAUGGAAAUCACUGUGUCCCUGCAUGGAGGAUCGCUUCUUAAUCAUGGCUGCUGAGAUGGAGCCACGUAGCGGUGGGGGGAGCACAGACCUCGCCCAGUUCUGGAAGGGCGUCUCAAAGGCUAAAAUAAUGGAGCACAGGCUGCGGUGUCGCAUGCUGGAGGGCAUCAAGUCGGCACUCAGCCCUUUGACUGACAGGUCUCACAAAAUGGAGAUCAAUGGCUACCAAGACAAGCACACCAUGGUCAUUCAGUAGAUGGCCAGCAGCUCCAGGCUAGAACAGAAGAUGGACUGCUGCCUGUGGUGGCAGAAGCUCUUGACUGUACUGGUGACUGCACUGACGGCCUUGGGCUUCUCCGCCCUCUACAUACAGUACACUGGGGAGUGGCCAUUUUGAAACUUUCCUACAGUGGAGGAAGAAGACCAAAGACCAGUUACAGUGGAGUCAGGAUGAAAGUGGAUUUCUGAUUGGAGCAGAAAUAUGAGGAACUACUCGCAAUCCACUCUAUGGCCUUUGGACACUGAAUUUAAUUAUAUUUCCACACUAUCAGGUUGGAAUAAUACUGUGAAAUUAUGAAAGUAAUAAUAAUGCCCUUUUAGUGUAAGAGCUGUUUGAGUGGGUGAUGGCUAGAAGGGAUCUAGCUUUUGUCUUGACUUUUCGUAGCAGGUUAGGAAAAUUAGGUUAUGGUUGGAAACUUUUUACAUUAAUUUGACAAAAGCUGGAGCCCUUCUCGCCAUGACCGUUUUGAUGAUAUGGAGUUUUAGCCUGCCUGGUGACCAUGUUUUCAGUUAAAAUCACAGUAAGGUACUGUCACAACUUCCGCCGAGGUUGGCUCUCCUGCUCGUUCAGGCGGUGCUCGGCGGUCGUCGUCACCGUCCUACUAGCCACUACCGAUCCCUUUUUGUGUAUCUGUUGGUUUUGUCUGAUUGGUUUCACCUGUGUGUUGUUUAGUUAAUUAGUGUCUGUAUAUAAUGUAGGUUGUCCCGCCCUUGUUUUGUGCGGGAUUGUUUAUUUUGUCAUUCAUUUUCGUCUGUCGGUGAUAUUGUGUUUCUUAUUCUCCGGUUAGUCUGUUAUCCUGUGUUGGAUAAUUUCACCCUGUGUGUAUUUGGGUUGACCGUGUUUAUUUUUGUUCACCGGAGAAUAAACUUUAUAUCGCUA